AUGAAAAAUAUCAACUUGAAAGGAAACGUAGAAACUGUGGAUAUUAGCGACCUGGAUACAGCAAUUGAAAGAACUGAACUUGGGCUGAGAAAACAUGCUGAAAAUUACUUAAAUGCUAUAAGCAGACAAGUGUUAACUAUUUCUUCUACUAAUAAUAAAGAAGUGCAUUCAAAAGAGCCCCCUAAAUGGGGCCUUCAUUUUGGUGCUUCUCAGAAACAGCUUAUUUUACCACGAGUACCUGUUGAGCCCGUGACUGUCCAGGCAUACAGCAAAUCAGCACUACACAUUUCUCAAAGUUCACAGCAUCAGCUGGAAAUGGAUAUGAAAAUUAUGUUUGACCCAGAGAGCAUCAAUAAUAAAGCUGUUUUAAAACAACAGAGCUAUGAGACCAAGCUGCCACUUAUAACUAAGAAAAAAGCUGAUCCUAUGUGUAGUCAGAAGGUAGUGAAAGGUCAUACAGCUAGCAGCCUUUGGGGUUUGCCUGCCUCUCACCACGUGGAUUCUCCCUUACCCCUGCUAGAAGAAGAUAUAACAAAAGGUAUUCUGAGCCUAACUGAGCAACGGCUUAUCCUCCCCGCAGCAAGGAUAACUCUCCAGACACCUCCUGUUGUACACAAAGCAGUACCUUUCCAUGAAUUUCACAGGCAGCACAAGAAGUCGGCUGUAGGAGAGAUUAGCAGUAGGGUGGACCCUGAGAAUACAGACACCAUCACCUUCCAAAACUCAAAGGAAGCAAUAUAUGGCAAAUAUUCCUCUAGUAAAGGUAACACUGCACCGCUUCCGUCUAGCAGCUCCAUGGUUUCAGCCAGGAAAUCAAAGCCGGUGUGGACGUAUCCAGCUCAACAGUUGGAAUCUGAGCUGAAGAUUCCCUCUCAGGCACAGCCCCCACAGAUGUCUCCAUGUCAGUCCUUACAGGAUCCGUGCUUUGAUUGUGACAUUGCUGUUUACCAUGGCAGGAUAGACCAGAAAGCUCCGGGCUUUCUGGCAUUGAAGCAACGUUAUUGUUUAUCUUGGGGGAGCAUUGUCCUUUUUUUGGAACAUACAGAAAAGCUUCUCAAGGACUAUGCUGUACCGUUGGCUACAAUAAACUGCAAAAAGUUGGCGGAAGUUGCAUCAGACUUUAAGCUUAACGAGAAUCCCACCAAAAGUGACAUUCUGUCAGUGAUAAAGAAUCAGUCAACUGUGGAAAAGAUCUUAGAUCAACCUGGCCAAAGAUACAAAGGCCAAGGGGGUACCGAAAUGGCUGCCACAAAGAUCCAACAGUGGGCAUCAGGUGUGAUCGCCGUUUCUUGGCUCUUGCGUAAUCACAUGGCACGUGUGAAAAAGACCCUGAAGGAAUCACGUCAGAGACACCUGGAGAAUUUUUACAUCAGGGCCAAGCAUCUGGCAGCCAACUGGAAUCGCAUCAGGACCUCCAGGAGGACUAUUAUCCAUAUCCCAUCAUUAGGAUAUUCCCAAUGCAUCCGCGAGCAUACUCCUGAUCUUGCUCUCCAGCAGAACAUGCAGAUGGGAAGGCUGUGUGACAUACUGGAUGCCAACGUGGACGUCAUCUACAUCUGCCCCCUUCAUCUGAGUGAGGAGUUACUGCAGUAUUACAAUAAACUCCUGGGUCUGCAGGCAGCUGUUAGAUCUGGGAACCCUGAGGACAUGGGUGACCUGCAGGACAGGUUCAAAAUUCUCACCCCUCAAGCUAUAAACAGCUUCCCUAAGCAUCGCAUGUGCCUAGCCACUCAGCUGAAGUACAGUCCCAAGACAAUCAAAAGAAUAAAAAAUCUUAUCCAGAACAGAGAUGCCUACAUUAUUGGAGGGGUUCCCCACAAAGAUGAUUUAGCAGUGGCUGACAUGCUAAAUGUGCCUAUAUUAGGCUCAGUGCCAGAAGUGGCUCAUCUCUAUAGUAGCAAGUCUGGAAGUAAACGAAUUUUUACCAGUGCUCGUGUGCCAACCCCUCCUGGAGAAUCUGACAUCUACACCUAUGAGCAGAUGAUUGGUGUCCUCAGCCAGCUGAUCAUUGACAACAUGGAGGUGCGGCGUUGGUUGUUUAAAGUGAAUGAUGAAUCUGGAGGAAACGGCACUGCCUAUUGUGAUAUUAUUUCGCAUUUGAAAUGCUACCAGUGGGUUCAAAAGGAAUGUCAGAGACACAGCGCUGAAAGAUGGAGUCAGCGGUGGGCACGUGAGCCAGCUUUGGUGAAGAUCUCCCAGGAGCUGCCGGGCCUUUUAGCACAGCACGUACAGCCAGUCAAUGAGAAACGAUUCCCUACAUGGGAAAAAUUCCUCCAAACAUUUCUUAGUCAAGGUGGUGUGAUAGAAGCCUUCCCGCUCUCAGAAAAUGUCACAAACCUCACGGUGGAUAUGCUGAUAGAGCCAACAGGCAAGAUAAAAAUAGUGUCAUCUGGAGACCAGCUCCAUGCUGACGGUCCUUUGCGGUCAUCUGGCACUACCAUUCCACAACGUUCUGUUGAUCCAGCAGUUCUCAAUUCGCUCUGCUUAAAAAUUGGAGAAACCUGUAAAUCUAAAGGAGUGCUUGGUUACUUCUCAGUUGAUUUUGUGACUUUUAUCCAUCCACAAACCACGGAACAGCAGGUAUGGGCAACAGACCUUGACCUUUGCUACAGUGACCAGCUGGCCUUGACUCAGCUCAUGUUGUACAUGACAGAUGGAAAUCUGGAUUGUCGCUCCAGCCGCUUGGAAGUAUCUCUGGGUUCAAAGAAAACGAACAGCCAGCGUAUUCGGCAUGAGGAGACAAAAACUCCUUCGCCGAUAAGCAACCGGUGCGCAGUAGCAAGCAGUCAGCUGAGGCACUCCAGCCUUUCAGUAAUCUGCUAUAAUGUUCUCCUCCAGAUGUGUAAAGCUCGUGGUGUUGGAUUUGACCUCCAGGAAAAAGAGGGAACGGUUUUUAUACUGUAUGAGGAUCGGAAGCGAUGCAGACUGGGAAUGAUAACAAUCGGAGAGGAUCUCCAGGGGGUCCUCAUGACCUUUGCUCGCAAUCUCUUCAUCAUCCAUCAAGAAAUAUCAGCACCUAAUAUGCAAGGCGAGACCAAUUUUAAGAUGGCAAUUCAAGAUAUUGAAGCAAUUCUAGGAAUUACAGCAGAAAACAAACAGAAAUUGGAAGAAGAGCAACCUUCGAAAGCAGAUGCUCUGAAAGAAUAGUUAACGGAAAAUGUUUAAAUGCCUUAUUCUUUAUGCUUCUGGAAAUGCUUUCUCAUCUGUAAGAACAGGUUUGGUUUUCCUUCUGCAUUGGCAUGUGAAGUAAUAUUAACUGAGUACAUUUCCAUGGUUUCUGACUGCGGUGUUCAGAAUAUCCCUUCUUUCACAGGAAUAAACUGUUGAAAAGCAG